AUGUGUGAAGUAGCAAGUUGGAUUCCGAACGCAGUCGCAGUUACACUGCGGGCUGAGACAGCGCAGCCGGUUAUCGAAUGGCUCACGACUAUUCGACAGGCGAUCGAAGAAUACGACCCCCUGAUCACCAUCGCGCCACCUGAGGAGGAACCAGAAACUCCUGAGAGUAAGUUCGACGAAAUACUUUCGCAACUAGGCAAGGAGAUCUAUAAAUUAGACGAGUACCAGCGCAACUUGGUGCCAUCAGAAAAGGAGGUGUCACUUAGCAUUCUUAAUAUUUUUGACGAGUGUUUAGAAUGCAUGGAAGAGGUAAAAGAAAACAGUAACAGUGUAAGUGACAGUGAAUCUAUCAAAUCUGACUGUUUGUUAGUUACCAGUACUCCGGUUAAUGUAAACAAUGUCAAAGUGAGUGACGUAAACACGAUAUUCGAUCAGGGGGACGGUACUCCUCUCCCGCCAAGACGGAACCGUUUAAAAUCGAUUUGCAGUAACACGAUAUCGGAUAUGGAAUCAAAUAAUCAGGACAGUGUAUCGGAAAGUGAUUCUGUAAGUACAUGCUGGAGCUACAAAGAAUGUAGUGCGGAAGAUAACGAAACUAACCCUUACGCUCAGGUGUGGUUACAAUCAACAGGGUUUCAUAACUCCGAUGAAAUAUUAAGGCGAGUUUUAUCGCAGCACCAUGCAACGAUAUCGCGUCUUUCUUUCGACACGGCCAGCGACUUUAUACCUGAUUCGUAUUCAGUGUACUCACUGCAAGAGGUGGGAGAAUGUAAGGACAGGUGUGUUGACAGUGGUUCAGUAGCUAUGACGCCAGACAAGCCGACGGACGACGGUUACGAGCCGGUGCGAGACGCGAUCACUGACGAAAAUAUCUACGAAGAAAUCGACUAUGGGUAUAGCUAUACUGACGAAGGAUGCUCUUGUGGUGGUAGUGUUGAAGUGGAGAGUUGUUCUAUAAGUGCUAGUUCCGAAGGUGUGGGGAGAGAGAGUCCUUUGUAUGCGAAUUUAAGGGAUCACGAUGCUUACGCGAUACCCGCUGAUGUGAUAUUCUGGAAGAAUAUGCUCCAGGACCCUUUCUACAACGACGAUGAAGAGGAUGAAUGGAUAACUCCGGAAGAAUGCGCUGUAUACACCAGAGACCAGAGACCACCACUUGUCAUCCCUCGUAUUACACAGUGCAGACCACCACGGCCACGGCAGCAGACUUUAGGAUCCUCCUAUGCAGAGGAAAGCAUACCGGAGCAAGGUUCCCUAAAGAACCGGGACUACGAGCCACUGAACAAUUGGAGCCCCACGUCGGAAAGAUGUCACCCGGAUUUCAAUAUCGGUUACAACAAAGCGAACUCCGACAGCCCACCCUUCGUGAGAAUCAACAAACGACUCGGUGGCUCGUCAGAAAACCUGCUCAUAGAUCCCCGCAGACCGUCCCACCUUCAGCUUCCAGCGUCCUCGUCUGGCGACAGUCUCGACGUCGAGUUAAGAGACCGGGAACAAGGUUACGCGAGAAACAGAAAGUCAAGAUCUAUGGUGGCACCUAAGCAUCGGUUGAGAUCUCCUGUCCCGGCACCGAGGUUUACGAUGCAACAUCCUGCUGAGUUUCCCCAGGUAAUUCAAGAGGGUCAUAUAAAACGCACCAAGUACCUGGAGGGAGCCAAGAAGACGAAGAAGAACUGGAUUGAUUGCUACAUGGUUCUCACACCUACUGCUCUACUUUUCUACAAAGAUCAAAGGACCUAUUAUACUCCAAAAGUAUCAAGACCUCCUGGUACUCCUCCAUCACCUACCGCUCCUUUGCCAGAACUUGUGUUGCCUCUGCGCAACGCACACGCCGAUGAGUGUCCACAGAAAUAUACCAAAAGAUAUCAGCGCUCGAUCUUGUUAUUCGUGGGCUGCGAUCAGUACCUGAUACAAGAUGACACAGACCAAGGCGCCAAGAAAUGGCUAGAGAAAAUCAAGAAAGUCAUCUAUAACCUGUAUCCACGACUGAAAGGCGAUUCUCCCCCCCUGGCCUACGGGAGCAGUAACACGGACAUUGAAAGCCUGGGCCGCACGCCACCGGCCACACGACAUGCCAACAGGAACAAACAGAAAGCAGCAGACAGCAGCAAUGAAGAUCUGAGUGAUUCUACUGAUGCUAUACAGAAAUCCCAUGUGAGGAGUAGGUUAAGGAAGUUCUUCGCAAAAAGGCCAGCCAAGGAGCAACUAAUCAAUAAAGGGAUUUACAAAGAUGAGCCAGUGUUCGGAAGAAAUCUGGAGGAAGUAUGCCCACCACCAGCACCCAACACUCCUCGUGUGCCGGAGUUCGUAGUGACGUGCAUCAAAGAGAUCGAGCGCAGUCCAGAAAAUAUGUCUACUGAUGGAUUAUACCGAGCCAGCGGUAAUCUUAGCCAAGUGCAAAAAAUUCGGCUGGAGGUGGACCAAAAUAAGAUGACAGUCAUAGCAAACAACCCAGACAUCCAUGUGUUGACGGGCUCGUUGAAGCUGUUCUUCCGCGAACUGAAAGAACCUCUCAUACCCUGCUCCGUGUUCGACAGGAUCCUUGCCGCUUGCUCAAUAAAGCCUAAAGAGGCAAGGACCAAAGAGUUCCAAAACAUAAUUCAAGCGCUACCACAAUGCAACAGAGAUACACUUAAAUACGUAUUGGAACACUUGCUCAAAGUAACAACAUACAGCGACCGAAACAGAAUGCAUAUUGCAAACUUAGCAAUCGUUUUUGGUCCAACACUUCUAUGGGCACCAGCUGAACAAGCACAUAAUAUUGCAGUCGACUGCAUACAACAAAACAACGUUGUUGAAAUACUCCUCACAGACUUCAAUGAAAUAUUCGCAGAUAAUGGUAAAGGAAAGAAAAAAGCGUGA